GUCAAGAAAACACUCCAGAAAUCGUGCAAGAAAGCAAAAGAGCAAAGUAAAACAUUGCGGCAAACAUUCUGUGAUAGCGAGAAUAUAGUUUUACACAUCGUUUCACUCUGUCCUACCUACCGACUGUUAAAACAAUGUCAAACAAAUACGAGAUCAGGCCAUAUGCUAGCGACAGCGACGACAGUGGUGACGAAGGAGCGGAUUUCGACGUGGAUAAGUUAGAACCGCUGGAAGUGGGACCGGGAGAACACAAGCUACAGUACACCUACUGCCUAUGGUUCGGCAAGAAGGGGUCACAUCGAGCGGCGGUAGUUCACGAAUACGUAAAAUCGCUACACUUUGUCGGUCGAUGUGCUAGCGUUGAGCAGUGGUGGUCCCUGUACUGUCACCUCGUCAAACCAACCGUAUUAAAACCUUUCCGAAGGUUACAUUUGUUUAAGAGUGGCAUCAAACCGAUGUGGGAAGAUCCGGCCAACAUGCGAGGCGGCAAGUGGGUGAUUCGAUUGAAGAAGUCCAAAAUUGAUCGCGCCUGGGAGAACGUGUGUAUGGCGAUGCUGGGGGAGCAGUUUUUGGUUGGUACAGAAAUCUGCGGCGUCGUCCUGUGCACCCAGGUCUCCGAGGAUGUGCUGUCGGUGUGGAACCGGACGGCCACCGACACCGAUAACACCAUCCGGAUCCGGGAAACCCUGCGGCGCGUACUGAACCUACCUCAAACGCAUCCCAUCGAGUACAAGCCCCACUGCGACAGUCUCAAGUUUCUGUGAGGCGACCGAUCGUUGCACACUCUCGGCAACGAUCGCGAACUACUCACCAACAUGUAUGCCUCUACUACGCUGCUGGUGAUGAGGGUAUCAUACUUCCAAAGUCUGAUCGAGUUGACUUGCUGCGUGUGUUUUCGAAUUUUCUUCCUGCUGUCGGCUAUGUCCGGAGUGUGGAAGCAAAAAGCAACGAUCGAAACAAACUCCACAUCCACACUUUUCCUACAAUAAACGUUCGUAUAUUGAAGAUUCUAUACAA